AUGACGCUAUUAACAAGCUACUACGAGAGCGAAAGCAUUGGGAAGGCAGAAUUGUGUAUCUGGGGGGCAAGGAUCAUGCACGGCAUCGAAAAGGACAUAGUUUUAGUGAUGGAAAGGAUGGUGCCUUCGAGCAUCAGGGGUACUUCUAUUUUGGCGUUGCGCGUAACUUGCCUGGAGUACAAGAACUCAUCGAACGCCAAGACAGACUUCGUAUGGAAAAAAAGUAUGCAAGCAGAGAAGAGAACAGUGGGAAACUUCACAGGAGAGUGGAUAUUGAAUAUUACGGAUAUCUUGACGACCACGAUGGGAGUUUGGAACAAGAAGAGAAAGAGGCAGAAGAAGAAAGAAGGAAAUAUUUUGUGGAAAAGUGGGAAGAAAAGCAUGGUACAGGAGUGGACGAGCCGUGGGAUUGCAGUUACCUCCAGUACAUUGGGAAAAAGCCGUCUCGGAACCCCGACUUAG